AGACUCCUGGUACUCAGGUCCUAGGCUACUUUGGAGAACCUGAUCCUGAGAAUUCAGCACUAUGUCUUACCAACAGCAGCAGUGCAAGCAGCCUUGCCAGCCUCCACCUGUGUGCCCACCCAAGAAGUGCCCUGAGCCUUGUCCUCAUCCACAGUGUCCUGAGCCUUGUCCUCCUCCAAAGUGCCCUGAGCCUUGUCCUGAGCCAUGUCCUCCUCCCUCAUACCAGCAGAAAUGCCCUCCUGUGCAACCUCCUCCACCAUGUCAACAGAAGUGCCCACCCAAGAGCAAGUGAGGGAUUCAGCAGUCAUCGGGACAAGGGGAAGAGAAGAGAAUCUAUCUCAUGUACUUCCAAAGCAACACCUCCAUCUUCCCUCCAAAGGCUGUCAUGGGUGAAUCCUCUCUACCUGUCACUCCCAUUUGCCUGUAAUGACCUCUUUUAGGGAAGGCAUUUUCCUUAGGUUGUCCUGCCAUUUCUCUCAUACAGGCUGCUGAUUAUAUGUUCUCAAGUUGUUCAGUGUCCCAAAUGCUCAGAAAGAAUAACACCUGCUGUCUAUCCUGUGCACCCAGAAGAUGUUUUCCAAAACUGUCAAUUGUUGUGUUGUCAUUGUUGUUUCAUUUCCUGAAUAAAGCACAAUCUGCUUAAUGGUA